UUAUUUUAAUCUUAACAUCCAUACACAGGAAAAUUAAAAAAGUUCUCCCUUUUUUCUUCUUUAGAUUGCUACUUAUAAAGUAUAGAAAGCAAUGUGCAGAUAGAUGUAAUUAUCAACGAGGAAGCAUCAUCAUCAUUAUCAUUAUCAUCAUUACAGAGCUUAAUAGAUUCAUUUUUAUUUCCUAAAAGUUUGCUUCUUUAUAGUAGUUGGUGGUGUUUAAGUAGGAUUUCAUUUGCUCUUCUAGAAUUACAGAUCGACAAAAACAGUUGAGGGGGAAGAGAUUAAGCAAAUCUGGGUUUUAGAAAAUGGGAUCUUCUUCUGGGCUAAGUGGAUACGAUCUGUCGUUUAAGAUCUUGUUGAUUGGUGACUCUGGUGUUGGUAAAAGCAGUUUGCUUGUGAGCUUCAUUUCCAGCUCCGUUGAAGAUCUUGCUCCUACUAUUGGUGUUGAUUUCAAGAUCAAACAAUUGACAGUAGGAGGCAAAAGACUGAAACUCACAAUAUGGGACACAGCUGGACAGGAGCGGUUUAGAACACUGACGAGCUCUUAUUACAGAGGCGCACAAGGAAUUAUUCUCGUUUAUGAUGUGACCAGAAGGGAGACAUUUACAAAUUUAGUAGAUGUGUGGGGUAAGGAGAUUGAGCUUUACUCCACUAACCAAGAAUGUGUUCGGAUGCUUGUUGGGAACAAAGUCGAUAGAGAAUCUGAGAGAGGAGUAAGCAGAGAAGAAGGAAUUGCUCUAGCAAAAGAACUCAACUGCAUGUUUCUUGAGUGUAGUGCUAGAACUCGUCAAAACGUGGAGCAGUGUUUUGAAGAGCUGGCGUUGAAGAUAAUGGAUGUACCUAGUCUAUUGGAAGAAGGAUCAAGUGCUGUGAAAAGAAACAUCUUGAAGCAGAAACCUGAACACCAGACCAGACCUCAAGCUGGCUGUUGCAGCUAGUGAGACAAGUCGAUGUUGCAUAUAAAAACUUAAUCGUUCUGUUGUGUAUCCCAAAACUGAAUCUGAUUCUUUUCUCUGCAGUUGCCUCUUUUGUGUGUAGAACAUAAUGUAGCUUCAAUGUAAAUUUGUGGGAUUACUUGUGUUCUUCUUUUGCUUCUGAAAUGAGAUUUGUAAUAAUAUCAUAAUAGAAUAAAACCCCAUCCAAUGUUUUA